AAAUAUGGGAAUUUUGUCUGACCCAUCAAUCAGCACUUCUGAAAAGAAGUCUAAGUAUGUAAAUAUAGUGAGAAAGUAUUCAAACUCUUUUUGUUUUAUGCUAUAUUUAUCUGGUGUUUUGUGGUUUUCGGCUUUAAGUUUUAAUAAAUUGCAAUCGAAGACAUAUUUUUCAGAAAAUGCUUUAUUGCCUGGCCUUGUUCUAUCAGAAAUUAAAAUGGAUUCUGCACAUUUGGCACGAACGUUACUACAAGAACUUGAGCAUGAACGACUCACUCAUAAGUCAGAAAUGCCAUAUUCUUAUCUGUUAGCUAAAAUGAAGCAAAUAGGUUUGGAAACCCACAUUCACAACUUCACUUUAAAUUUCCCAUUUGGAGGUGGUAAAUCCUUUAAAGGCAAAAAUAUUUACGGAAUUCUGCGUGCACCAAGAACUGCAUCGACUGAAGCAAUUGUCCUUAGCAUUCCAUAUAGGCCUCCUAAUUCUGCCCAUAUUUCUAUAACUCCAACUGUACCACUUCUUCUUGCAUUUGCUGAAUUUGCAAGACGUCAAAAAUAUUGGUCUAAAGAUUUGAUAUUUGUGGUAACUGAUCAAGAGCAACUUGGAAUGCAGGCUUUUCUCGAAGCAUAUUUUGGAGAAGAGAAUCCAAAUAUUCUUAAUUCGGGCACUUUAAACGGAAGAGCUGGAAAUAUAAUCGCUGCGAUUAAUUUCGAGAUACAAGAUUUCGAAGUUGAUUUCAACAACCUCAAGAUUGAAGGAUUAAAUGGCCAACUCCCUAAUUUAGAUUUACAUAACUUAGUUGUUAAAUUAUCACACAAGCAAGGAAUAUCUACUGGGUAUAAAAUGAAACCAAGUGAUCACAAUCCUGAGGAUUCCAUUGAAAAUUUAAAAAACCUUUUUUCAAUGAUGUGGACUCAAUCUAGCGGUGUUCCGAAUGGAAAUCAUGGUUUAUUUCAUCGUUAUGGUAUUGAAGCUUUGACAAUUGAAAGCGUCAAAAAGGAAUCCAGUGUUCCCAAUCAUAACACGCAACACAAAAUAAUGGCACUUCUAAAGAUUGUUGAAGGGAUAAGUCGAAGUUUGAAUAAUCUCUUAGAGAGGUUUCAUCAAAGUUUCUUUUUUUAUGUAAUCGUUUCCUCUGAUCGAUUUGUAUCCAUUGGAGAUUACAUGCCAAGCAUCGGCAUGAUGGCUGGAAGUUUACUCAUAAAAUCAUUUAUUUUGUGGCUGAUAUCAAGUGAAUCCGAUGAUGAUAAGGACUCAAAGGAAGUCUCCAAGAGCGAAGAAGAAUUUAAAGUUAUUAUGGUUCGAAAAUCUGAAAGAAGCAUUGAUGUUUUAAAAGUGGGAAAAGUGUUCUUAUUCGCUCAUUUUGUAGGAGUUUUUGCUUUAUUCAUAACGAAAAGCAAACAGAUACACGAUUAUUUUCAUAUUCUUAAUAUAGCAACUCAAAAUGGAAUUUUCUACUUGAUAUUAUUUGUAUUCAUAUUGAGUUUGAUUGCACCUAAAUUUUUCUCCAUAAAGUUCUUAGAUGGACAAUUUUUAAACAUCAUUUUACUUUUGGAACUUGGAACCACGUUAUUAGCUGUUGCUAUGUUGAAUUUCUCGUUGGGGUUCUUCUUGUGCUUAAUAAUUGUACCGGUCAAUAUCGUUAUGAAUAUUCAAAACAGAAAUACCAUAAAUUUGUUUACAUUUAUAAUGAAAGGUUUCAUACACUUGCUUGUUCAUCCGCUAACAAUCAUCUAUGUGGUUGUUUUUACAAUGAGUUACUCUUCAUUUGCUGAAAUGAGUCUAUCUUAUAUUUUUGACAAAUCCCUUAAAGCAACUUUGGAUGGAAUAACAUAUUCAGUGGUUGAUUCUUUAGUGAGUCUAAAUUUAUACUUAUUUGGUGGUAAUCAAGUCAAAACAGGGUCUUAUCAAACUUCUCAUCCUAUUGCAUUUGGCAAUUGGAUACUUAAUAGUCUUUAG